AUGGUACUGCUGCAACAAGCUGCCAGCAUGUCAAAUACCUCAAUUUUCUCGUUUUUGACUCAACAUCCAUCAGUCCAAAUGGAGAUUAUUAAUAAGCACAAUGACCUUAGAAGGAUGGCAAGUCCCAGUGCCAGCAACAUGCUUAAAAUGACAUGGAAUAACAUAGUUGCAAGGAAUGCUGCAAAUUGGGCAAGCAAGUGUACCUUCUCUCACAGUCCUUCAUCUGAACGACGAAUCAGCUCCAUUAGUUGUGGAGAGAAUUUAUACAUGUCCAGUAGUCCCAAAUCAUGGUCAGAUGCAAUCCAAUCUCUUUAUGAUGAAGUUAAAGAUUUCAAAUAUGGAUAUGGAAGUAUGCGAGCAAAUGCUGCAACUGGCCAUUACACCCAGCUCGUUUGGGCCACUUCCCACCAACUUGGCUGUGCAUUAGCCCACUGUCCUCACAGCAAACUUCAGUAUUACUAUGUUUGCCAGUAUUGCCCCGCGUAA